AUGGCUUCGGGCUACUUCGCCUUGCCAUGUUACAAAGGAGCUUCAGGUAGUCAUCAGUCAAGCUCGCACUCAUCGGCCGAUUCCAGUAUUCAAACAGUCACUUCUGGGUGUCAAGACUGUAGAGGUCCUGAGAUCAAUAGAAAACCUCGGACCCGAACGCCACAUAUUCAUUACGGUACUAUUGCCACCGGAAGUCAGGUUGUAAAGAACGCUGCCCUCAGAGACAGCAUAGGAGCUGAAACGGGAGCGAUCUGCAUUGAGAUGGAGGCUACUGGUGUGAUGGUGACCAAAGGCUGCUUGGUCAUUCGAGGAAUCUGCGACUAUGCAGACUCGCACAAGAAUGACGAUUGGCAUAAAAAUGCAGCAGCCACCGCUGCCGCUUAUUUGAGAUAUCUCCUUUUUGAGACCCCCCCUCAAGCCCCUUGA